AUGGUGAUUCAUUUGGCCGCCUCGCAGUUAAGGACUGGACAUUGCCGCUCCAGUAGGGCGCCACGUAGGAUGGGACCUAGAUUUAUCAGGGAUGUAGCGUGUGCAAAGGCACCAACGUGUGAGGCAGCAGUCAGCCCACUGGAACCCGACUCCCCACCCCAGCCUAGGAUCUGGAAUGCCCUGACAGAUAAUUUUGGAAAUGUCAUGCCUGUAGACUGGAAGUCAUCCCAUACUAGGACUUUACAUUUGCUUACUCUGAACCUCUCAGAAAAAGGGGUAAGUGAUGGUUUGCUCUUUGACACAUCAGACGACGAGGAGCUGAGGGAACAGUUGGAUAUGCACUCAAUCAUUGUCUCUUGUGUUAACGAGGAGCCCCUCUUCACAGCAGACCAGGUUAUUGAAGAAAUUGAAGAAAUGAUGCAGGAAUCACCAGACCCAGAAGAUGAUGAAACCCUUACACAGUCAGAUCGGCUCUCAAUGCUGUCCCAGGAGAUCCAAACUCUUAAGAGGUCCAGUAUGAGCAGCUAUGAAGAGAGGGUGAAAAGGCUGUCUGUAUCUGAGUUAAAUGAGCUCCUGGAAGAAAUAGAGUCUGCCAUUAAGGAGUACUCCGAGGAACUGGUACAGCAGUUGGCCCUGCGAGAUGAACUGGAGUUUGAAAAGGAAGUAAAAAACAGCUUUAUUUCUGUCCUCAUUGAAGUGCAGAACAAACAGAAAGAGCACAAAGAAAUGGCUAAAAAGAAAAAGAAACUAAAAAAUGGCAGCUCUCAGAAUGGGAAGAAUGAGAGAAGUCACAUGCCGGGCACACGCUUCAGCAUGGAAGGGAUCUCAAAUGUCAUUCAGAAUGGCCUCCGCCACACCUUUGGAAACUCAGGUGGAGAGAAACAGUAUCUGACAACAGUCAUUCCUUAUGAGAAAAAAAAUGGACCACCGUCUGUUGAAGACCUUCAAAUAUUAACAAAAAUUCUUCUUGCCAUGAAGGAUGAUAGUGAGAAAGUUCCGAGUUUGUUAACUGACUAUAUCCUGAAAGUUCUGUGUCCCACCUAAAGCAGCAUUACUUCAGGAGCAGCUUUAUCUUCUGUGGACUACAAGUUUGAUUUCCGAUAGUAUUAUUCUGAAAGCUGGCACCAUGUCCUUCCUGCUAUUGGAAACCCAGCACACUUGAACUUGGGUUUGUGAUUCAGUAUUAAUAGAUCAAGACUUCACUAAUUCUUUGUAUUAUAGAACCAAGAAAACUAUGGCAAAUUCUAGAGAUGGUUUUGGUAAAUCUGCUAACAACUGCGAACUGUUCUCCUAGUAGAAAUUGUGCAUGUGCAGUUUUCAGGUAUGCCUCUUGAGUUUUUAUGGCUUUCUACUUCUAAAUUGCACUGAAAAACUAGCAUGAAGCUUUGAGAUUUAUACUGUAGCUAUUCUUCAACGACGGCAAGAACACAGUGAGUUUUAUAAGACAACUGUCAGUAUAAAUAUUUCCUAACAGUAUUGUCCAGAGACCAAAACUUAAAUUUGUACUGUUUUGAAGACACACCACCAGAACGAGCAUUACUUUGCUUACUGGAACACUGGUCCUGUUGGAUGACUGAUCUGGUAGCUUGCUGCUUGUUUCCUCACUAUUCACUUUCACCAUGUGGUUACCACUGUCACUGCCCGUUAACUUUAGUUGUCUCGGUGUUGUGUGUACUCUACAAGGAGCUUCUAUCCUCCGUGGUGCUUAAGAAACUAUGCUGCAGCGCUGCCCACGCAGAGCCCCAUGCCGGCUGUUUCUUUGUCCCUGUGUACUCCCCCCAUUUCCCGUGACUCUGUAUCUUAUUCUCCCGUGUUUUCCUGUAGAACGAAUUCCAGGCACAGCUACUCAUGGAUAUGUCACUCAUCGUGAGCCAGGUUGCCAGUUUCAGUCAAGCUGAUGGCAUUGAAUAAAUGUAAAAACAAUGUACUUUUAA